CUACGCAAAAUAUUAUUCGUAUUUGAAUCUAUACAAGCCUUGAAGCACAAUUAAAUUUCAUACUGAUUUUCUAAAUUCAUACUAGUUUUAUUCUUUCGAUUGUCCCACCAAUUGUCCACAGUUGUUCCAGCAGUCUCUACCCGAAGUUCUGACUUCUCAGUUUCACUCAGUUUGUGACGAACCAGCGAAGCAAGUGUUGUGUGUUUUUCCGGCAGUUUUUUCCAUGCGUUCCAGCACUGUGUUUGGAUUCGUAAUAAACGCGUAAUUACAUUAUUUGAUCUGCGACGUCUUGAAGCGAGAUCAAAACCGAGAUUUUCGAAAAUAAAGCAAUUACGAUGGUACCGGACAUUCCAAGUUUCUACAACGGGAAAACUGUGUUUAUUACUGGCGGUACAGGUUUCCUCGGUGUUUGCCUGAUCGAGAAACUACUACGUUGUGUUCCUGAUUUGAAGAAUAUUUAUUUAUUGGUUCGACCAAAAAAGGGGAAAGCCAUUGAGGAGAGACUGGAAGAUAUCAAGAAAAAUUCGGUAUUCAAUAGAUUAAAGGAAGAAAAUAAGACUCACCUCUUCAAAAAAUUGAUUCCUGUUGCUGGUGAUGUGGGAGAAGAAAAUUUAGGUCUGUCAUCCGUAGAUAGGUUGACAUUGGUGGAAGAUGUUCAAAUUGUUUUUCAUUCUGCUGCAACAUUAGAUUUUGAAGCAGAUCUGAGGUCUACAACAAAAGUUAACUUAUUGGGAACACGCAGAGUUGUGGAACUUUGUCAAGAAAUAAGAGAUCUCAAGGCAUUGGUACAUGUCUCCAGUGCAUAUGUUAAUUCAGUGUUGCUUGAAGUCGAAGAACGUGUGUAUCCUGCACCAUUUGAUGUAAAUGAAUUAACCAGAUUAGUAGAGAAAUUAGACGAUACUGCUUUAGAAACAGAAACACCAAAUAUACUGAAAGAUCAUCCAAAUUCUUACACUUUUACAAAACAUUUGGCUGAGCAUGAAGUUAAGAAUGGACGUAUUCCUGCUGCUAUUGUGCGUCCUUCCAUGAUAACAGCAGCAUGGAAGGAACCAGUCUCUGGAUGGACAGUAUCUAAGAAUGGACCAGCAGGAUUCUUAAUGGGUGCUGGGAAAGGUGUUGUGAGAAGAUUACCAAUGGCAAAGCAUUUAAUUUAUGAUUACAUUCCAGUGGAUAUUGUUGUAAACAAUCUUAUUGCUGCAGGCUAUGCAGUCAACCGUGAUGGUGGUAGAGAAUUAAAAGUUUAUCAUUGUACAUCUAGUACAAUCAAUCCUUUCAGAUGGAUAACCCUGGAAUCAAAAAUUAAUAACUUCUUACAUAAAUUUCCAUUGAAAAGCGCAGUGUGGUAUCCAUAUCUUAAAUUGGUAUCCUCGAUUUUUUUAUUCAGACUCUCUGCAAUUUUCGUACAUUUCAUUCCUGCAUAUAUUUUGGAUACAGUUACUAAAUUAGCAGGAGGACGGCCAAUAUUGGUACGGUUACACACAAAUAUUAACAACUCAUUGGAUCGUUUGAAAAUCUUUAUCUUUACUGAAUGGAAAUUUCAUAGUCCUCGCACGAUUGAGUUACAUAAUUCUCUAUCAGAGGCUGAUAAAAAAGUCUUUAAUCUGGAUAUUAAGUCGUUAGUGUGGGAAGAUUAUUUUGUAAACAUGAUACAAGGUGUCAGGACAUAUCUGCAUAAUGAACAUCCAAAGACAUUAGAGAAAGCACGCUCCAAAGAUAAAGUAUUAAUGGUUGCGCAUCUGGGUUUACAAGCUUCAUUAUUAGGACUCGUUUGGUGGCUGGUCAAAAUUCUCUUUGCUAGUACUUGGACCAAAACGGGUUUAAUUGUUCCCCUUAUGUAUCUCAUUUUUGAUCAGUUAUAAGUAUAUCAAACAGAAUUCUUUUCAUACAAAUCCAAAAAUACGGAGAAUAUUGAAAAAGAAGCUACUUUCUCUAAAAUAUGUAAAAAUGCGUAACGUUAUUGUUAAUUGUUUUAAUAAUGUUUGCCAACGAGCAUUUAUAUUUCAUUAAGCGAACGACAGAUUUUACACAUUUCUACGUUUAGAAUUUAUAUACAAUUUCAUACAUUUCCACUAACACUCUCCUAACGGUGUUGGGAAAUAAAAUUAUUUAAGUAUUAUUAUAGAAUAUUUCUAUAAACAUAUUAAUAUAUUAGUAUUGUUGUAUUGAAAGUUAUAAUAUAAAUAUAAUAUGUAUAUAGAUGAAGAUAA